CUGGAUCCGAGCGUGAGUGGUAUGCCGCCGCCGGGCAUGGUGGGCGCGCAGCAGUACGGGGAGGUCAACCAGCUGGGGGGAGUCUUCGUCAACGGACGGCCGCUACCCAACGCCGUCAGGCUGAGGAUCGUGGAGCUCGCUCAGCUAGGCAUCAGACCGUGCGAUAUCAGUCGUCAGCUCCGCGUGUCCCACGGCUGCGUGUCCAAGAUCUUGGCGCGGUACCACGAGACGGGCUCCAUACUGCCGGGAGCCAUCGGCGGCUCCAAGCCCAGGGUCACUACACCCAAGGUGGUGUCGUACAUCAAACAGCUAAAAGCCAAGGACCCGGGCAUCUUCGCGUGGGAGAUUCGUGACAGACUGCUGGCGGACGGGGUCUGUGACAAGUACAACGUGCCCUCGGUGUCCAGCAUCAGCCGCAUCCUGAGGAACAAGCUGGGUGGUCCGCUGUACCCCGUGCCUCCGCUGUACCCCGUCCCGCCGCAGAGAUGCUGGCCGCUACACCAACCCUACGACUAUUACGUGUACUUGCAGGUACAUCACUUGAUCAGUAUAUUACAUUAA